AUGGACUCUAGGGAGGAGCGCGAUGAUAGGCGCGACGACAGGCGCGAUCGGGGUGGCUAUCGAGGCGGCAACAAGCGCCGUCGCGACGACGGCGACGACAACCACUAUCGUGGCGACGACCGCCGAAACACGCGACGGCGCAAUGAUGAUGGACCUCGCCGCCGAUACGAAGAGCCCCCAUUCCCCAAGCUCCGUAGGCUGCUCUUGAACAUUGCCAGUUCCACCAAGCUACCGCAAGACGAGGCCAUCGACAUCGCCAAAUUCUUUGGAGAACACUAUGACGAUGAGCGCCUUCGUUCCGACUUCUUCGAUGUUUUUGUGCAACUCAUCGUCGAGCAACCCUUCAAGAUUCCUUUCGUCGCAGCCGUCGCCUACUACGCAAACGACGUCAAGCCAGAUAUUACCGCCGAAGCCAUGAAGCGCGUUGCAGACCGGGCACAGGAAGCGCUCAAUGCCGGCGAGUGGAAAGAGUUCAAGCUAUUGCUGAGAUUCUUUGCCUGUCUACAGUCGCUAUACCCGGAUGAAGGCGUCUUCCCCUUCCUCGGACAGUUGUUUGAUACGGUUGUGGAUCUCCAGAGUGCGAACGAGAAUGAUGUUCUCGGCAUAGAGCUCGUCAAAAUCAUCCUGCUCACUAUCCCAUACGCACUCGUUUCCGGGGGUGAGAGAUUCCAUGAGCAAGCACAACAACUGCUGAAGAACACCGAGAUCGUGGCGAGCAACGCUGUCCCUAUCGAGAGCCUCAUUCAUUCAUACGUGGGCGAUUUUGAGUCGAAGCCAGUCAACUACAACAGUGUCAUCGGCCUUCUUCAGGCACAACUUUCGGUUGAGGCUGAGAAUGGAUUCGAGCUUAGGUGCAUUCCGCGUGUCGACGUCGAUGCUCUACGUAGGAUGAUGGCCAAGGAUGAGGACGCCCUACCCACGGCCCCACAGACUCAUGCCUUCCCUACAUUCAUCAUCCCAUCUCCCGUCAAUCCCGGUCCUCGGCCGGUCUUUCCAGAGGCCUAUUUCUCCCUGUUUGCCGACCAAGAAGUCGACACCGUUCCCAAGACCACAGAUAUUGCAUCAUCGCUUGUUCGAGAUGCUAUCGUCGACACCAUCAAUCAACUGGACUUUAACCGUGAGAUGGUUGCCAAGUUCCUCGUAGAUGUCGACUGCUACUGGUCUGUUGACAUCUUUGCCAAGCGCGGUUCACCGUUUGACAAGUUCCGCGAGCUGGUUGGCGACAAAGUUCAGUACAAGUCCGAGGAUAUGAUCAUUGAUGCAAUCUUCUCGCAGCUAUUCAAGUUGCCUAGCGCAGAACACAAACUUGUGUAUUACCAUGCCCUCAUCACCCAAUGUUGCAAGGUUGCACCUGCCGCCAUUGCCCCGUCACUGGGCCGAGCGAUCCGUACCAUCUACAAGAAUCUGCCCAUGAUGGAUCUUGAGCUAGGCUACCGAUUCUUAGAUUGGUUCUCCCAUCAUCUCAGCAACUUCGAGUUCAGGUGGAGGUGGACUGAAUGGCUUGAGGACCUCGAGCUCUCUAACUUGCAUCCGAAGAAGGCAUUCAUCCUUGCUACACUAGACAAGGAGAUCCGGCUUUCAUUUGCAAAGCGCAUUCGGUCUACACUGCCAGAGCCGAUGCAUUCUAUGAUCCCCGAGCGACUUGAUGCAGAUAACAGCCCUGACUUCAAGUACGACAAUCAAGUAGACACCCCAUAUGCUGCGGAAGGCCAGAUGUUGCUCACCCAACUCAGGAAGAAGGCCACAUCAGAGGAAAUCCAAGCCACUAUUGACAGCAUCCACGAGAAAGCACUCGAACAAGGCAUCACUGAAGUCCUUGUGCCGUCAACAGAUGCCUUUGUCACCGCCAUCUGCCGUCUGGGAGCCAAGUCACUGUCUCACGUUCUAUCCUGCAUCGAGCGAGGCAAGGAUCGGCUGCUGGAAAUUUCCCAAAACGAGGUUGCACGUCGUCAGAUCGUGGCCAGCGUUGUUGAGUACUGGAAAGACCAGCCUGGUGUCGCAGUCCGUAUCAUUGACAUCUUGCUCAACUACACCAUCCUUGCGCCUAUGACGGUGGUGCAGUGGGUGUUUGGCAGUCACAUGGGCGCCGGUGAGGCGUUGACUGAGAGCUGGGUAUUUGAGAUGGUGUCCAACACAGUCGCCAAGGUUACGAACCGUAACCGUCAAAUCGCAUCUGCUCGCCUCCAAAAGGGUCUUCAGCAAGAGCAAACCGAAAUGGUAGAGGCCACGCUUGCCAAGGAUCGAGACAACGCACGGGAGUUGUUCAAGUACAUUGAAGAUUCCAUGCGCGGCGUAGCAGAGGGAUCUGCUGACACUUUGGUCGAAAAGUCAUCCAACGGCGAGCUCACUGACGAGGAAGUUCAACUCAUCAAGGCGUGGGGCAAGCGCUGGCACACUGUCUUCAUCCGCAAGGCACAGGUUGAGGAAUCUGUUGUUGGCGAAGAGGCUGUCGAAGCACGCAUCAAGCUCCUUGCUGCUGAACCCGAUGUGGUUGCUGAGAGCAUGGAGCAGGACGGUAAUGGCGUUGCUGAGGCCAUAAACGGCGAGGCACAGAUGUCACUUGGCUGAAGUAGCCAGGUUUGAAAGUGAAGUGGGCGGGUUAAAAGCAUAGCGAGUAGCGUCUGCAUACAUGGAGGCGUACUGGGGUGCACAUGGGAAAAUCUUCGCCGUCCAGGCUCGAACAGUUUACACGACAUGGCAUCGAGAUGGGUGGGAUAGUGUACGAUAUAGCUAUAUUUCACCUUGUGGAUCUGUCU